GCCGGGCCGCCCCAGGCCCCGCCCCCGAGGCCUCACUUCCGGGUAAUAGCACGCCUCGCUUGGCCCUGGCCGCAGACGAGAUUAUGGAGCGUCAGGUGCUGCUGAGCGAGCCCGAGGAGGCGGUGGCUCUGUACCGGGACCUUAGCCGCCAUCCCGCACUGAGCGCCGCCUGCCUGGGCCCCGAGGUCACCACGCAGUACGGGGGCCGCUACCGGACGGUGCACACGGAAUGGACCCAGCGGGACCUGGAACGCAUGGAGAUUAUCCGAUUCUGCCGCCAGUACCUGGUGUUCCAUGACGGCGACUCGGUGGUGUUUGCAGGGCCUGCAGGAAACAGUGUGGAGACCCGGGGGGAGCUGCUGAGCAGAGAGUCUCCCUCGGGUGCCUUGAAAGCGGUGCUGCGCAAGGUUGGGGGCUCGGGCUCUGGGGAAGAGAAACAGUUCUUGGAGGUCUGGGAGAAGAACCGGAAGCUCAAGAGCUUCAACCUGUCGGCGCUAGAGAAACAUGGGCCUGUUUAUGAGGAUGACUGCUUUGGCUUCCUGUCCUGGUCGCACUCGGAGACCCACCUGUUAUACGUGGCAGAGAAGAAGCGCCCCAAGGCCGAGUCCUUCUUCCAAACCAAAGCCUUGGACAUCAGUGCCAGUGAGGAUGACAUGGCCAGGCCCAAGAAGCUAGAGCAGGCUGUGAAGGGGGAUCAGUUUGUGUUUUAUGAAGACUGGGGAGAAACCUUGGUUUCCAAAAGCACUCCGGCGCUCUGCGUGCUGGACGUCGAGAGUGGCAACAUUUCCGUGCUCGAGGGGGUCCCUGAGCACGUGUCCCCUGGACAGGCAUUCUGGGCUCCUGGGGACACAGGUGUGGUGUUCGUGGGCUGGUGGCAUGAGCCCUUCCGGCUAGGCAUCCGCUACUGCACCAAUCGCAGGUCAGCCCUCUACUACGUGGACCUCAGCGGGGGGAAGUGUGAGCUCCUCUCAGACGACUCCCUGGCUGUCUUCUCUCCCCGACUGAGCCCAGAUCAGUGUCGCAUCCUCUAUUUGCAGUUCCCAUCUCUGGACUGCCAUCAUCAGUGUAGCCGGUUCUGCCUGUACGACUGGUACACCAAGGUCACUUCCGUGGUGGUGGACGUGGUGCCUCGGCAGCUGGGAGAGAACUACUUCGGGAUGUACUCCUGCCCUCUGUCCCUGGACUGCUGGUCAGCUGACAGCCAGAGAGUGGUCUUCUACUCAGCUCAGCGCAGUCGGCAGGACCUGUUCGUCUUGGAUACCCAGAGGGGCACCGUGACCUCCCUGACGGCUGAGGGCACAGCUGGAAGCUGGACUCUGCUCACAAUAGACCGGGACCUCAUGGUGGCACAAUUCUCCACACCCAGCCUACCCCCAAGCCUGAAAGUUGGGUUCCUGCCUCCUGCGGGAAAGGAGCAGUCGGUGUUGUGGGUGUCUCUGGAGGAGGCUGAGCCCAUUCCCGACAUCCACUGGGGUAUCCGAGUGCUGCAGCCACCCCCAGAACAGGAGAACAUGCAGUACGCUGGCCUGGACUUUGAAGCAAUCCUUCUGCAGCCCAGCAACCCUCCAGAUAAGACCCAGGUGCCCUUGGUGGUCAUGCCCCACGGGGGACCCCAUUCAUCCUUCGUCACUGCCUGGAUGCUGUUCCCAGCCGCGCUCUGCAAGAUGGGCUUCGCGGUGCUGCUAGUGAACUAUCGCGGCUCCAUAGGCUUUGGCCAGGACAGCAUCCUCUCUCUCCCGGGCCACGUGGGUGAUCAGGAUGUGAAGGACGUGCAGUUUGCGGUGGAGCAGGUGCUCCGGGAGGAACACUUUGAUGCCAGCCGUGUGGCCCUUAUGGGUGGUUCUCAUGGUGGCUUCCUCUCCUGCCACCUGAUCGGUCUGUACCCAGAGACCUACAGAGUCUGCGUGGUCCGGAACCCUGUGGUCAACAUCGCCUCCAUGAUGGGCUCCACGGACAUCCCCGACUGGUGCAUGGUGGAGGCCGGCUUCCCUUACAGCAGCCACUGCCUGCCAGACAUCAGCGUGUGGGCCAACAUGCUGGACAAGUCGCCCAUCAAGCACGUCCCUCAGGUGAAGACGCCGCUGUUACUCAUGCUGGGCCAGGAGGACCGCCGCGUGCCUUUCAAGCAGGGCAUGGAGUAUUACCGUGCGCUCAAGGCCCGGAACAUUCCUGUUCGGCUCCUGCUCUAUCCCAAAAGCUGCCACACACUCUCGGAGGUGGAGGUGGAGUCAGACAGCUUCAUGAAUAUUAUACUGUGGCUGCACACGCACUUGGGCAGCUGAAGCCCUGCCGUCCCACAGCACCCAGCAGCCUACGCCACACUUCAGUCUCGGGGACCUCCAGGGCCUGGCAGAGCAGCGGACUGUGUGGGCAGAGGACUGUGGGCUGAGUGGUCGUAAUAAACGAGGACACAGAGCCUGG